CACAAUCUUUCAGAAAUCUGAAAAAUCAUCAUCAUGGCGUCCGGAGCACUUUUUGGUAGCGCUUCUACGCGUUCUUCAAGCAAAAACCUGGUCGAGUUCAAGGCCGGUAAAAUGUACAUGAAAGGCAAGAUGGUUAAUCCAGAUAAGCGAAAAGGGCUUGUUUAUAUUUAUCGUUCGGAAGAUGCUCUUAUACAUUUCUGCUGGAAGGAUCGGUCAACUGGCAGUGUCGAGGAUGAUCUUAUCAUUUUCCCAGAUGACUGUGAAUUUAAGAGAAUUAAUCAGUGCACAACUGGACGAGUCUACAUCCUCAAGUUCAAAACUGGAAAAAAAUUCUUCUUUUGGUUACAGGAACCAAAGACCGACAAAGAUGAAGAAAAUUGCCGUAAAGUAAAUGAGAUGCUGAACAAUCCACCUGCUCCUGGAUCAUCCGGUGGUGGUGGAGGAGGAGGAAGUGGAGGUGGGAUCCCUCCGGAAUUGGCAGCUGCCCUUGGUGGAUCCCAUGGAGCUGAUGGUGGUCUGCAGAAUCUGCUAGCCAACAUGGAUCAGCAGCAGUUGUUGCAGUUGUUGUCAUCUGCUGGUGGCAGUGGAGGUAGUAUUGGCAGUAUGCUUGGUACCGCUAGGCCAGCUACUACUCAGUCAGUCCCCUCUGCUCGUGUCCCAUCAACAACACCAGCAAGCACCCCAGCUGUGCCUGCAAGUGCUUCACCUAGCCAAUCAUCAUCCAGGGCUAGGCCUGACACAACUAGUUCAUCUUCUCAACAGUCAAUUCAGUUAACCGAUCUUCAAAGUAUCCUGAGUACGAUGAAUAUUCCUGAACAGCAACAGGCCUCAUCUGUUGAUCUCUCUGAGGUGCUAACUCAUGAAAGCAUGGCACCAAUUCUAGCUAAUGAGGAGGUUCAAGAGCGGUUGAAACCAUUUCUGCCAGAGGGGGGUACGUUGUUGGCAAGGGAUUUUGCUGAUAUAUCAACCACAAUCCAGUCUCCUCAGUUUCAACAGGCAGCUGGAGUAUUCUCAGCAGCAUUUCAGUCAGGGCAACUUGGACCACUGAUGGCCCAGUUUGGUCUUGGCAAGGAAGCCACAGAGGCUGCAACUGCUGGAGAUUUAGAAGCAUUUGCAAAAGCAUUGUCUAAAGUAGCAGUUGAGGAGUCCAGCGUAGAUCCACCUAAAGAUGAGGAUGAAAGCAUGAGUCUAGACUAGCUAAUAAUCAGCUGUAACAUGGACCUAUCUAUACCUCCAUGACAACCAAAAUAUUAAGUUCAGUCAAUACAAUGAAUUAACAAAGCAUCUGAUGCUUGACUGUAUUGGGCAAUAAUGUUGCUAUUCAAUAACUCUUUGGUGUUAAUAAUGAUUAUAUUAUUACCUAGUAUGUUGAUAAAACUGGUUUUCCCUUUCAAAUAGAAAAAAUAUUAUUUUGGGUAAAAACCAGCAUGCUCUACUUUUAAAUUGUAAACUUAUUGUUUAAAGUAAGCAUACUGAUUUUACCCAAAAGAAUAAUUUUCUAGUAUAUUAACUAGUGCUCCUAUGUUCCAUUCACUAUCCUUUUUAUUUGAAAAGUGGAAAAAAUACUGUAUUAAUAAAGUGCUAUUCUUGAUUGGUACCCUUACUAUAGUAAUCUUUUAGACCUUAAAUUAUAUUGCAUCUUUACCCAGUACAGCUAUGUACCAGCAUAUGUGUUUGAUUCUUACAGUCAUUCUACGUAUUUUAUUUGAAGUUCAAAAUGAGCUGCAAUUAACAUGCUCUGAAUAUUGCAUAUAUUAUUAUAAUUAUUAGGUUUUUGGUAUGCAGCGUGUAAAAAUAUGAACGUACUUAAGACCCAUCUGCUUAAGACCCAUCUCAGCAUUUCGAUGAGAUUACCUGUGUCAUCAGUAGUGUUGAAAAAGGUGGUUGACCUUAAAUAUGAAUUGUGAAUGAAGGGGCAUUGGAUGAAGUGAGAAAUCAUUAACUUACGUUACAUAUAAUGCUGGUUAACUUUUGUUCCAGCUUCACCUAAACAACAAACUGGUGGAAUUUUCUCACUAUAUUUUUACACAUAGUGUUCCAGAAGUUUAGUUGUUUUAUUAAUAUUUAGUCACCAUGCAAACAUUCAAGAAAUAUUGCCAAGGUAUACUAUUGUCUGAUCAAAAUAAUAUAUGAAAGUAAUUACUA